AUGAUUGGGGGAGAGGUUACGACCGUGUUUUUAGAAAGACUACUGGAUGAAAUACUACUUUGGAUGUCAGCGCGCAAAUUAAAGUACUCGCCUUGGUUUUUAAAAACAAGAUAUUUUGUGGUGAUUUGUUUGAAAAUUUUAUUUUGAGUGUAAAAAGAGUAGAACACAGAGGAAGGCAAGUAACAGGUGAACGCCCAGUGAAGCGGACACAGUACUAGAAAGGGUAGAAAAGUUCCCGACGAUGGUUCUAAGUGAACAAAAUGCCGGCAAUGAUCUGACUGCGGCCGCCGCGAGGGGACACCUGUCCGAAGUACGGAGAUUGCUGGAGGAACAUCGCAUACAUCCAGACACUGUCAAUGAGUUUGACAAGACCGCCCUACAGGUAAUGAUGAUGGGCAACACGAGUAUCGCCUGCCUUCUGCUUGAACACGGAGCAAAUGCCAAUGUCCAGGACCGCCAUGGGGUGACACCGGCUCACGACGCGGCCCGAAGCGGCUUCGUGGACACGCUCCGCGUGCUGGUGGAGUUCGGUGCGUCUGUCAACGUGGCCGACUCUUCCGGGGCACUGCCCAUUCACGUGGCCGUGCGCGAGGGCCACGACGACGUGGUGGAAUUCCUGGCCCCGCGGUCUAACCUGAGCCACUGCGACACGACGGGGCACCGCGCGCUAGACUUGGCGCGGGCCACGUGCUCCACCGGUGUGGUGAAGUUGCUGGAGCGUCAUAUGGAGUCUGCCCUGGCUGUUCGGUCUAGCCAUAGCCAAUAGCCUUCUUAUUGAGAUUUUUAAUACAGCCGAAUCCCUAGAUAAAAUACUAAUGCAUUUAUCAUAUACAUGGGUUUUGUUGACAUUUUCACAUUUGUAGUUAGACAUGUGCCGAAUAUGAGUGUAGAAGAAAACAUUUUUGCACAAAUCACACCACCGCUAAUGCUGAAUGUAAUAUCGUUAUGAAAUAUGAGACAUCUUGUCUCGGCAAUUCAGUUUGCAGUACGCAUUUGUAAAUGAAACGCCUAUUUAUCAGCUUACCAAAUGAAAAAGAUUAAUGUAUUGAACUUCUAUCCCAUUUCACACUAAUGUAUGUUGUCAUUAACAUUGUUUUAUUAGCUCAGGUCUGAUACUUUCUGCAACGAUUUUAAAUGUGUAGUGUAUUCUAAAGCCAUAUACUGGAAUUCGUUCAAGUUUUGCACUGAACAUAUUUUCCCACUUGUUUAUCGAUUGUACAUAAUCUUUACAGAAUUUACGUCUAUUUAUUGUAAGGUUUGCGAAUCAUUGUAUAUAACGUUUAAUGUAGAUAAUUUUAAAAGUUAUAGAAUAUCAUUUCAAAAUGUAAAGAAUCCCAGUGUAUACACCUUUUUAAAUAUUCUUAAGAUUGGAUAAAAUAUUUGAUCAAAAUAUACUAUGAUUGAUUAUCCUUGCUA